GGAGGAGCAGCAGCAGGUAGCACGCCAAAGGCCGCCUACAGCCAGCUUCGGGAGAGCAUCGGGGCUGAGCCAUCAUGACAACCGCCUCUUGGAAAUGACCGACUUGAUUCGAUGGUUUCCCGAGUGAAGCCGGCCAUUUCAUUGUGUUCGGCGAAGUCCCAUUCAUUUUUGGAGCGUCGGGAGGUAGGCCGCGCCUGAGGGAGGCGGCCGCCGAGCUCGAUUAAUGCGGCUUCUGGACAGCCUCGACUGACCCCGGGGGAGGGGAGGGGAGGGGAGUGAAAGAGAAAUAAAAACACUCUUCUUGUCGGAGGGGAAAAAAAAAAUCACCGGUGGAUAUUUAUUUAUUUUCGCGGAAAAUUCGGCUCGAUUAAGCACACGCUGGAGAUGGUGGAUGUGGAUUUCAGUGGCUGCGGUGCAUCUGGAGAUGGCAGCAGCAGCAGCAGAAAGAUGCUGGAGCUGUCUGAGUCCGACUGCGCUGAGAUUGUUCCUCUGGAGCUCUACGAUUCAUCCAGGGCCAAGAUAGCCGCCAAUCUGGCGUGGAUCUUUUCCAAAGCCUAUGGAAUAGAUAAUAUCCCGGAGGAUUUAAGAGAUGCUUUCUACACUGACCAGUAUGACCAGGAACACAUUAAACCACCUGUCAUUAAGCUGCUGCUGUCGAGUGAACUCUAUUGUCGUGUCUGCAGCCUAAUUCUGAAAGGGGAUCAGGUGGCUGCAUUGCAGGGUCAUCAGCCUGUCAUUCAAGCAUUGUCUCGCAAAGGCAUUUAUGUCAUGGAAACUGAUGAUUUACCAGUUUCAGAAUCUGACCUCGUGCAGUCUCCAAUUAAAAUGAGUGCCCACAUGGCUUUGAUUGAUGCACUGAUGAUGGCUUAUACAGUAGAGAUGAUCAGCAUUGAAAAAGUAGUGGCCUCUGUGAAGCGUUUCUCUACAUUUAGUGCCUCAAAGGAAUUGCCGUAUGAUCUGGAAGAUGCCAUGGUGUUCUGGAUAAAUAAGGUGAACUUAAAGAUGAGAGAGAUUACCGAAAAGGAGUUUAAACUUAAACAGCAGAUUGUGGAAAGUCCAAGUCACCAAAAGGUUCGUUAUCGACGCGAUCACCCCUUGAACAAGCAGUUGCCAUUUUUCCCUUUAAUGGAAGAUUUAAUGAGGGAUGUGUGUGAUGGCUGUUCACUUCUGGCAGUCAUUCAUUACUACUGCCCAGAACUCAUGAAGUUAGAAGACAUUUGUUUGAAAGAAGUGACUUCAAUUGCAGACAGCUUGUAUAAUAUUCAACUUCUCAUAGAUUUUUCGCAUCAUUACCUGAACAAAAGUUUCUAUCUGUCACUAGAAGACAUGUUGUACAGUCCUUUAGUACUGAAGCCUAACGUUAUGGUUUUCAUUGCUGAAUUAUUCUGGUGGUUUGAAGUUGUGAAGCCUGACUUUGUGCAACCGCGGGAAGUUCAUGAAAUCAAAGAUGCUAAAACACUCCUACAACAGAAGAGCUCUCGCCCACCCCUUCCAAUUUCCAAUGCAACAAAGCGGAGCUUUAUGGUCAGCCCAGCCAAUGGUCCAGGUGAUUUGCCAACGUCUGUUUCACAGAGUAGCCCAGAAAUUGGAACCAGGUAUUGCCUGCAUCCUGAAGAAUUUGUUAAAGGAAGCCCUGCAUUCAGUCCAUCCCAUCCGCUAUUGCCUUUAAGACAGAGGCAGUACAAAUGUCCCCUAUCUAGUGAAGACAGCCCAGAUACUAGACAUCGUUCAAAUUCCCUAACUCGAGUUGAUGGGCAGCCAAGAGGUGCAGUGUUGGCCUGGCAAGAAAGGAAGCCAAGACCCUUGUCUCAGCCGACACCAUUUGCCCUUCAUUAUGCAACUGACAGUGACGUAGAUGCUGGCUCUGGAGAUAGCAUCAGCCUGGCCAGGUCCAUUAGCAAAGACAGUCUUGCAUCCAAUAUAGUCAAUGUAACCCCGAAGCAUCAGUCUCAGCUACUAUCUCCACCUGCAGAAAGCAAUGGGAAAAGCUUGCUAAAGAAUGUUGACAUGGAUGAUGAGGAUGAUGAGGAACUUAUUGCAAUAAUUAAGUCAGAUGGAGAGCUGCUUAACAAUUCUGAUCUUGAGUUACAAAGUGUUUCGUCAAAAGUCACAAGUCAAACCUUGCCAUCAAAGUCUCCCAAAAGACUGCAAAAUGACAUUGAAGUAGCAAACCAAUCUGGUGGAUUCUUUUUAGAACCUUUAAUGCCUGCAGUCUUAAAACCAGCCAAGGAAAAUCUCCUCAUUGUUAACAAGUAUGAAGAAUGUGGAGAGCGAAGAUGCAGACCUUCCUCAGCAAAGAGAAUGACAGAUGGGCAGUUGCCUUCGACACGCAAAAAAGCAGAAAAUGUCAAUAUGGAGUCAGAUAUUAGCAGGACUUUCACUCCUAUAACCAGCUCUGACUUUAUUGUAGUGUCUGACUCAGCCAGUGAAAAGACACGGCGACAUCUUGAAGAAUCCGGAGUUUCCUUAAGUAAUUUUAGGCCUUUAGCUAGUAGUAGUGCUGAAGUUGCAACUCCGGGGGAAUCUGGGGGCUUCUUCCUUCAUACUGGUGAUCUUGAAGAAGGGUUGGAUGGUUUGUCAAUAAAUAAUGAAACCACUGUGGGAAACAGUAAACCGCAUGACACAACAUGGAUUAUGAAUAUGCAAGAUUCUGAUUCAGAAGUGCUAGAUAUGGAAGAGGCUGACCAAGACCUAGUUACUGAUGAGGAGGUCCAACAAGUCAGGAGUGGGUACAGUGGAGAAGAGGAGUCUAGAAAAUUGCAUCAUGAUAUGAAGGUGAAGGAACAUGAGGAUAAGGAUGGUGCCAGUGGUCGUUCCAGUCCUUGUCUGAGUACAAUUUCACAAGCUAGCAGCACGUCCAUGACCAGUACCAGUAUUAGAAUGACCAACUUUGCUGAGCGUAAGUUACAAAGACUUAACAGUGCUGAGGCAAAAUCUAGUGCAAGUAGUUCUCAAAAGACCACUCCAGAUGGGUCAGAAUGUUGCCCUUUACCCAUGAUGACAUGGAGGCAGAAACGAGAACAGAGUCCCAAUAGACAGACCAAAGACAGUGCUCAGAUGCUGGCUUCCGAACUUGUGCAACUUCACAUGCAGCUUGAGGAGAAACGCAGAACAAUUGAAGCUCAGAAAAAGAAAAUGGAAGCACUCUCUGCCAGACAGCGGCUAAAAUUGGGCAAAGCUGCUUUCUUACAUAUUGUUAAAAAGGGGAAGAAUGAAGGGAUUCCUCAACCACUUAAGCCUGAAUACCUUGCAAAGGAAGCUGAGCUUCCAAGUAAUGAGGAAACUGUUGCUCUAAUAUGCCAGUCACCGAGAGCAGAUGAAGAUCUUGCGAACAAAGAAGCCAAAGAGGAUUACUUAAAACAGCUGGAAGAAGGAGGGGCGAAAGAUUUACGUGAGAAAAUCACAGAAAAUGAUAUCCAAGAAAGCAUUGCGGCAGUUAGGCAGCGAUGGUUAAAGGAAUCUUCACAGGCUGCUCAAGAUGUUGACAAGAACAAAGUGAAUUCUAAUGGUUUUGAGGAAGGCAUUGCAGAUGUUGAUAUGAAUGAAUAUAAUCGGUCUAUUGAGAAACUCAAUGAAACGCUGAGUAACCUUCAGUUCGAGAUGCACAAGCUUUCGCAGCAGCAAGAACUCUUGAUGAAGCUUAAGGACCAGGCACCAAUCACAACCCUACCAAAUGUUAAUCGCAAUCUGCAGGACCAAAAGUUCAGGCAAGCUGUACAGGUCGUGGAACCUCUAUCACCUACAGGGGGGAGUCUACCACAAGCUAUACGUAAACAGCCACGCAGCGCUCCAUUGAAAAGUCCUCGUUCAGCAAGGCCAACAGACUUAAAAGUGCCUCGGGAUUCUAAAAUGCAAGGCUCUUUUCGGAUUAUCACACCCACACACAAUGUUGAAACUCUACCCCAUCUACGACCGUCUCCAGGUAGUAAACCAUUAAAGUCUGAGAUUGAUGAUAAUGCUGUUGAUGGUAGUGUUAGCACAGGAACUUCUGUAGAGCAUACGUCUGAAAGGACAAAGGAUGCUGAUGGCCUAAAGGAAGGUGAUGAAGGUAACCAGCGGACAUUGGUGCUUUCAACAACCCAAAAAGACAGUUAUAAUUAUUUCUAUGAACAAAUCAACACUGAGGCAGUAAUUAGCACCCCCAAAAAAGCUGAAUAUCCAUCACUUAUCUCUUCAGAUAGAUCAGGAAAGGAGAAUAUUCCUAUUGAGGAACAAACCAAAAACAAGGCUAACCUCAUUGAAGUGGAUAUCUCUGAACUGAAAGCACCAGCAGAAGGCGAAACAUCUGAAAGUCAAGGCCUUUCCACCAGUCAGGUGAUCUGUGAAUCUGAUCAGAAGUCUGGAUUAGGCUUUUUCUUCAAGGAUGAUCAGAAAGCGGAAGAUGAGUUGGCAAAGAAACGGGCUGCAUUCCUUUUAAAACAGCAGCGCAAAGCAGAGGAAGCUCGCUUACGAAGACAGCAGCUGGAUGCUGAAAUAGAGCAGAAACGCGAUGAAGCAAGGCGCAAAGCUGAAGAAGACCGCAUUCGUAAAGAAGAGGAGAAAGCACGGAGAGAGUUGAUCAAACAGGAGUAUCUGCGGCGUAAACAACAACAAAUUCUUGAGGAACAAGGACUUGUUAAACCCAGGCCUAAAGUUAAGAAGCAGCGCCCAAAAUCAGUGCAUCGGGAGGAAUCUUCUAGCGAACCCCCAUCUCAAUAUCCUUCUACCCCUGAUAAUCUGAGCAGUGCUCAGUCUGGUUCCAGUCUCUCUCUCGCAUCAGCUACUACUACUGAGGCAGAAAGCGUGAACUCUGGUGGUGGAAGUGGUAGUGGUGGUUAUUCACAAAGGACAGAUUCUAUGGAAACAUUUUCGGUGUUGAGCAGAAAUCAGAGUCGAAACACAGAACGAGACUGGGAGAACACGUCCACAGCCUCAUCAAUUGCAUCAGUGGCUGAGUACACAGGUCCAAAACUAUUCAAGGAACCGAGCUCCAAGUCAAACAAAUCAAUCAUCCAUAAUGCUAUCUCUCACUGCUGCCUUGCAGGGAAAGUAAAUGAGACACAGAAAAACUCAAUACUUGAGGAGCUUGAGAAAUGCGAGGCUAACCAUUACAUCAUCUUGUUCCGUGAUGCGGGCUGCCAGUUCCGAGCACUUUAUGCUUAUUCCCCAGACUCUGAAGAGAUCCUGAAGUUAACUGGGACAGGGCCAAAAAACAUUAAUAAGAAGAUGAUCGACAAGCUUUACAAAUACAGCUCGGACAGAAAGCUGUUUAGCUUAAUACCUACAAAAACCAUGUCAGUCAGUGUGGACGCUAUCACAAUUCACAAUCACCUGUGGCAAGCCAAGCGGUCUGCAGUGCCAAAGAAGCAGUCAACUGGAAAAUGAAAUAAAUUUUUUGCUGAUUAAGUUUGAAGUUCUCAGAUGCCCUCCUCCUGCAAAGUAGUAGAUUGUAUUGAAAUUCACAACUUUUCUAUUUGAUUUGGUGGCAAUUCCAUUUUGGGAGAGUUCCAAUCCCGUCAGAUUCCGUUACAGAUGAGAGAAUGGAGACUUUUUUAUUUGUCUAUGAAAUAUGAUGUAUUCUUCAAAGGGUGGAGUGAAUUGAUGGGGCAUUUUUCUGAAAGAUGUUUGGUCUCUGGGUGCCAGGAUCUGGCAAUGCGUGACUGAACUCUGGCUUAACUUUCUUCACUGGUUACUCUGGCUUGUAGCAGUCUUUUCUUUGCAUGUGACAAGUUUCCUAACCAGUGGAUUCUUAAAAGUAUUUGUGGACAGUAGAUGUGAAAAUCCUCUUUGGCAUUAUCUUUCUUUUCCCCCCUAUUCCUCUGUGGAAUAGUGUCGUCAUGAAGAAUUAGUAAUGCAGCAGUUAAAUUUGGCUUGUGGUAUACUUGGAAUGAUGGGUUUUAUAACACUACAUUUACUACAGUAUUGAUCUGAAAUCAAAACAACCUUUUUCCUGUAUUGGCAAAGGUAAUUCUGGUCUGCCUUUGGCUUAACUGAGUACAGCAAUUGAAUCAAUUUAAUAACUGCCACGGAACUGUGAUUGCUGACUUCCCGCAAUUCCAGAUACUCCUUAAUUUUCUCCUUGUACUCUUUCCGUUAACAGUGAUGGAUUGUGAGCUGUGCAUUUUAAGAUAGCAUCAUGACUGAUUUUAACAGCAGCCAUUGUACUUUUGGCACAGCAAUCAUGCAGAAGUAUCUACGCAAACCACACAAGAUGGCAAGAUGAUGGUGGAUGCUGAGAAUUGAAAGUUUGAUUUAAUAAACAUGUAAAUUCGGCGCAUUUUAUAAGUACUGUCAUUUAGACAAAGCCUGUAUUCUGCAGUAAUGAUUGGGUGUUAAUUGUUCAGUAAGGAAGAUUGUUGUAGAAGUAGAGUAUUACCACAGAGCACAUUGCUGUAUGAAGGCACACUGAGAGAUCACAAUCAAAAUUUAAUGCUUUUUAAUUGCAUCAUGCAUUCUGAAAAUCUUCCAUUCUCUCUCUCAUUUUCCAAUACUGUAUGAGCAGCAUGCUCUUGUAAGGGUAUACAUUCUGUUAAACCUCAGACCUUAUUUUCAUUUGGGAUUGCAGUAUUUAAUAUAUUUCUUGCACAUUUAUUCUUUUGUGUGUCACCCUUGGCUAAUUUCUGCAUAAUGGACUUUCUCUCAGCAAGCAUUCAUGAAACACAGCUUUCUUUUCCUGUUCUGAAAUUUUUAACAUAACCUGUCAAAAGCUGCGUGUGUUCUGUUUAAAAUAAAAAAAAUUUCUAUUAAGUGGUAUAGUGGAAAAUAAUUUGACCGUUCUAUGUGUGGUCAUAGUGAUGAUCCUUAAAGCUGCAUCUUUUUCCCCAUUACUAUGCAGCGUUGUGCCAUCAAUCAAUGGUGAUCACCUAAACAAAAUAAAUGUAAAGCUGCUUACAGGGCACGAUUUUGGAUUUCUCCUGAGCAUGUUCAUUGAGUCAGAGUCCUAUUGACAUAAAGUUUCUGAAAUAGGAACUUAUUUUUAAAAAUCGAGGCUUUAUGGGUAAUCAUUAUAUUUAAUUGCUGCUGUCAAUAGACAAUUUCAUUUUUUAAACAUAUAAAGAAAAUAUACACUCCAAAGUUGAUUUGUUACAGAAAAGAUAGAGUUUGCAGUUGUAACGAAGUGCGGGUUAACCUUCAUUGAGACACUCUGACUUGAAAUGGGGUCAGCUCCAUCCUGAGAGUCAGCUAAGUUUCUCCAGCAGAGAAAGCAACUUGUGGUUUACUGAAAUUGUUCUUAUGCAAAUUUUACAUUUCCGCUAUUUUAUUUUUUGUUAUUGGUUUAUAGGAAGAAAGUUAUUGUUAACUGGUUUUAGCUUUGCUGUCUAUCUCUUACCACCCUUUUAAAAAUCUUUCUGGCUAUGCACAAGCAAGUUACAUAUGCUCACGCGCAGUUACUGAAUGUGAGAUGGAUUGUGUGCAUUUAAAAAUGUUCGAACAGAAUUGAUGGAAGUACCAUGGAGAAAUGUUAUAUGUAUAAAAAUAUAUAUCUGCAAGAAUUCUCAUUGGUCUGCCAGAAAUCUUAAUUUCUAAAAUGUGAAUGAAAUAGUGUCAAGUAAUCUUUUUUCCUUUUUAAAUCUGUGUUUAUGCAUUGCAUUUUUACAACCAAUUGCAAUGCAUCUGUUCAACCUGGUUCGUAAGGAAAUCAGCAAACAUUUGAUUUUGCUGAUGGUUUUUGGUGAGUGCGUGAUACAGAGGACUGAAAAUUGUGAUGAAUAAGUAUGGUGUAGCAAUACUUGAAAUAUUUAACUCUGAUUUAGUGGUUUCAUGAAGAGAAAAUGAUUAAAAACAUACAAGCUUUACGUUUCCUCUAAGUAGUUUUCUGUGUGGAGCCCCUUGUCUUAAUGUGGGUCAGCACUAAGCUAGUUGCAUGUUUGAUGUGUAUUAAAGGGAUUCAUAUCUGUAUAACAACACUAAAUAGUAACUAAAGUAUUUAUGCACAGUUUGAAUUCUCACUGCUUGUAUUUUAAUAGAUUUUAGCUAUCGAAGGUAUUUAAUGUGUACCUUGUUUUCCUAUUGCUUUUUGGUACCAGACAUGCAAAUUCACCCAAGAAACUUUGCUGUAGAAGUGUAUGAAAUUUCUCAUUACAGUAAGAGUUUCCAGUUUUUUGACAGUUUUAUAACAUUUAAUAAAAUGGAUGAAUAAUACUAUGGAGCAACUACUAUGUAGCUCAGUUAAAAUUCGCCUAUUUAUUACAUCCUGAAUUCUUUCAGCGAUGUAUACAGAUCUUUACAUUUAGUAGUUUUUUAAAAUUGAAAUGGGUGUAAAACAUUUGUUUUCACUUAUAGAAAAAUCUGGAUUCCUUCGUGUUGUAUGAAGUGAUUUUUGUUUCAGCAAGUGAAAUCCAUUGAAGGUAAAAUGCCUACCUGUAAAGGCACUGUUUUAAAAGUGGGAUGUAUUAAGUGAUGUGCAUUACUUUUUGUACAUUGUUUCUUACAUUGGCAUUGGAAUAUUUAGAAAUUGACACCCAUAAGAUGUUUGGUGAUAUAUUGGUUACAUGCCUCCUCACGAUUAGGAUGUGGAUUUAAAUCGGCUGAUAGAAUGCAAGUCUCUGCUGACCAGAGACCUCCCAAGUGAACUGAGUUGUGUUCAUACCCUUAAUAACACUGAAAAUGACUGGAUGAAACUUGUUAUUAAAUGCUUUGGUAUUAAAUAUUAGUCCAACAAGAUUUUAUUCCAAUUUUAGUUUUAUCUUGAAAGUUAAUUCAUCCUUUAUGUCAACUGUUUUCUCUUCUCUUCAGAAAGCUUACCAUCAAGAAAAUCCCAAUAGUAGAAAUAGAAAAUAUACUCUGCUUCAACCACACUAUCAUAAUUUAAGAUGGUGUUAAGUGGUGUUAUUUACAGUCAGGUCAACUAUUAUGAUGGAAUUGUAGAAAUCUAAUUACACACUGCUGUUUUCUUUAUAACAAUUUUAAUAGUUACGCUAGAUCCUUCAGAAAUAUCAGAAAUCUGAAAUUGGAACAGAAGAUAUUCAAAGUACUCAACAAGCUCACAAUGCUUGCAGAAACUAGGCUCAUUUGGUGUUUGAUUGCAGACCUUUGAACCCAUCUGUAUCAGUCUGAUGAAAGAAUCUGUGCGUGAAACAUUUUUGUUAAACAUCAAGUACAUUUAAAUUUUAUUUGAUAUAUAUUCAUUAACGUGUGCUGGUAAAUUGUCUAUUGUUGUUCAUGGCCAGGCAACAAAAAUAAGUUGCUUCCACAUAUGCAAUUUGGUGAGAAGGGGGAGAAUUUUUCUCAGUUGCACCUAGUGCCAGAAUCUACAUUGUUAGAGCUGAUUCUUCACCUGCAAAAUUUAAUUUCUAACCCUUUGCAGAAUCAGUUACAUGAUGCAGCACAAUUGUGAUCAGAAAUUGUGACAACUGUGUGCAUAUACAUUUAGAGUAAAUUGAAAUUUCUUUAUGCAUCCAGUUAACAUCCUGUGAUGAGCAAACCAAAACAUAGUUGUAUCUUGCUGCUGGCUUCUGUCAUUAACAGCAUUCCUUCCAGCAAACCACAUUGGAAAACUGAAAGAUGGUAAGUUUGUACAUGUUGCUGAAAGUGAAGACUUAAAUAUGCUGCAAACCUUCACGGAAUGAAGCCAACAUUGAACAGCUAUUAGUUCCCUGUAACGUUUUUGUACUGUCAUGUUUCCUAGUUCAGAUUUUCUGAUCAUUGUGAAUAGUAGCCCAUUUAUUUUAAAUGAGAUAAUGUAGAUCAGAAAGUCCAGGCUUGUUUUGCUUUGUGUUUAUUGGGUAACUGUUUCAUUUUGUUACAUUUAGAAGGUAAUCACAUGUCCAUUCAAAUAUUUUGUGCUUUUUGAUUCCCUCGUAAAGUCUGUACAUUCAUUCUGAAUGGUUUUUAAACUUAGUUAUUUAUUAAGCUAAAUGACACCACUGCUCCCUCAGCGAUAGAAAUAUUAAAAAUGCCUUUAGUAAGUUGCAUGAAGUUUUUAAAGCAACCAAGUUUUAUUUCAGUAGUCUUGUAACUUUUUUUGAAAAGCAAGACUGGUUUGAUAGAGGUACAAGGGAUUGGGAAAACUGGCCAGUUGUGACUUUUUUCAGGUAUUUUCUAUUUUCAAAUAUCUUGUUGAAAAUGUUGAUAAUGAAUUAUUUUGCAAAUUAAAAUAUAGCCUGUCAAAUCAUGAACAGAAAGUACAGAGUCUUUGUACAAAAAAGAUUCCACCCUGUGCUGGUCAGCCAAUGUUUUGUUGUUCUAAACGUAAUGUAGAAACAGUGGGCAUUAAAAGUUUCGACAUUAACAUGUAAUCAUACCUCUUCCAUACCCAAAUUACUGUUGUGAAAACUGUCCUCUAGAGCUAAAUGUGCAGGCAGCAUUGUAGAUCUUUAAUGUAGAGUGCUUUUGAGACAAUUGUUUAGUGUAAAGGAAGUGCAAUUAUCUUGAUCUUUUGAAAGAGAAAUAUUUUCAAAGUCAGCACUUUUUAAAAUGGACCAUACUUAAAACAAGCUGUUGCAGUCUGAUGUAAUUGCGCACUGAUUACAGUUUACAUUGUAGUGAACUACAAAUAUUAGGACAACCAGGUUGCACUGAUGCAUUUGGUGAAAUAAUCUCAAGGUGUUGACAAUGGAGUCUAGAGUUAAUAAAUGCAAGUUUGUCUUCCACUGCUUUUUAAAAAAUGUUUCUGUGUGUUUUUAAACCAGAGUGUGACAUGGAUUGAAAGUUUGCAAUAUGGUGCGGCCUUUUGUAAAUAAGCAUGUGGAUAACUGGUCUGUUGGAACUGUAAAUACCUAAGGAUGCUACCAAAUUAUUUUCUCAUGGUUUGAGUAUUGCUACACAGAUCAUAAUAAUGGCAUCAUUUUUUUCUUUUGUAAUAUUACCAUGCUUCCCAUCAUCACCUAAAUGUUCUGUCCACUUGUAUGUUUAACAUAUAAAACAUAUUUAUUUUAAAAAGUACUGAAAAGUUAAUAAAGAGCAGUGAACUGUA